AUGGCGUUCUUUCUCACCAUCGUGCUGGCUUUCCUGUCAGUCGUAAAUGCAGGAUCCUUGGCUGCCAAUUAUCCUAUCAACUCGCAAUUGCCACCUGUUGCCCGAGUUUCACAGCCUUUCCAAUUUGCAUUCGCCCAAAGUACUUUCUCUAACAGUGACGCGAACACCAAAUACUCGCUAUUGGAUGCACCAUCAUGGCUCGAAGUGGACAGCAGCAGUCUCACCCUGUCAGGAACGCCUCAUUCAGACGACAGUGGCGUCGUCAAGUUCCAACUUGUGGCAUCGGGUGGAUCGGGAAAAGACAGCAUGGACGUUACUUUAAUCGUGACAGCAGACCAGGGACCGACGGUGAACAAACCGCUUGUACCUCAGCUACAGAAGUUAGGACCAGUCUCAUACCCUGCCACGCUGUUCAUCCAUCCAGGUCGUCCAUUCUCAAUUGAGUUCGAUCAGGAUACCUUCGACAACACGCAUCCUGCUACGAUCUACUACGGAACCUCGCCGAACAACGCCCCGCUACCUUCUUGGAUUAACUUCGACCCGACAGCCCUGAAGUUUGCUGGAAAUAGCCCUGCUUUUCCGGGCGCGGGGCCUCAGAUAUUCACUUUCCAGAUGAUCGCAUCGGAUGUAGCUGGGUACAGUGCGGCCAACGUGACCUUUGAACUCUCGAUCGGUCCCCAUAUUCUGACAUUCAACGAGACUGUCCAAAGCUUCAACCUCACGAGAGGAGAAGAGUUCAACAGUCCCAAAUUCACUAGCCUUCUGUCUUUGGAUGGUUCACCAACUUCUGUCAAAGAGUUGGCAAAAGUCGACGCCAAAUUGCCGGAUUGGUUGAAGCUGGAUAAGGACAAUAUAUCGCUGAGCGGGACGCCACCCAAGAAUGCCGUUAAUCAGAACAUCACUAUCGCUGUUACAGACGCUUAUCAGGAUCAAGCGCACAUGAUGGUUCGCCUAGAAUUCUUGAAGCUGUUCCUCGACACCAUCGAUGGGUGUGAGGCAGCCAUUGGGCAAGACUUCAAAUUCGUGUUCAACCAGUCUAUCGUCACCGAUGACUCUGUACAAUUGGAGGUUGAUUUGGACGACGAGCUCACAUGGCUUACCUACUUCUCGGACAACAAGACUAUUUACGGACACGUUCCGGAUGAUAUGGAUCCAAAGAAGUUCACCAUCCCUCUUACUGCGUAUCAGGGAUCGACAGAAGACACGAUGGACUUCGUUCUCGAUGUCCUCAAAGCCUCGGACACACAUUCGAACCCCACAGAUCCGUUUACCGCCUCAUCUGACACUCCCAGCCACAAGAAGGCUGGAAUCAUCGCCAUCUCAGUCGUUGUCCCAUUUGUGGUAAUUCUGAGUCUGCUGAUUCUGUUCUGCUGCUGGCGUAGCCGCAAGAACUCACCAACGGUCGAAGAGGGUUCAUCUGACAGCAAAAUUGCUCCGCCACGACCUGUUAGGCCUGAUAUUCCUAAUUGUCAGCCAUCCAUGACGAAAAGACCUUCCCGCGAUGACAAUUCCGAAGAUUGGAUGAGUCCUAUGUCACCGGCGUCGAUUCCCAAGCUCGAACUUGGGCCCGCGUGGAACGUGUCGCCAUUUGAUAAACAGGAGCAUCCAGUUAACUUUGCUAUUCCUUCUCCCGCUGUUCCCCCUCGCUCUCCUGCUCGCGAUUCUCCCACUCGCGGUGGCUUCGUCCCACUGCGAGACCCGGUUAUUCAAGAGGAGAACCCCGCUCAAACCGGUUCACCUUCCAAGAAGCAAAACAAUCGCCUCUCAUACACGAACACGAUCAGCCCGAUGCGCCGUAGGACCACCAACCGUUCCCGGCGAGAGCCAUUGAAGACGAUCCAGCCGCGAACCAUGAAACGAGAAUCCAUACAAUCAUCCAAGUCAAGGAGAUACUCAAAGCGCUCGAGCGGUAUCUCCUCUAUUGCCUCUGGAUUACCUGUACGACUCAGCGGAGCCGGCCAUGGCGCCGGCGGCUUCGGACCUCCCGGCCACGGGGUGGUGCACACAUCAUGGCAAAACGCGCGAGCCUCAAUGUUGAGCGAUGAGACCAGCCUAACCCAGAUGGCUCCAUUGUUCUCGCGCCCGCCAGGAGCCGGACGCAUGCGUCACAGCAUGGCAUCCAGCAUCCCCGAAAACUACAAGCGCAUGACCCUACGCACUGUCGAACCCGACGACUCCAUCGUCUCCGAAGCCGACUCCCUGGAAGCCUUUGUGCAUAGCCGAGCCAAGCACCGCAACUCCUCCAACCCUCUCUUCUCCGCGCAAAUCAGCCGACGCACUUCCUCGGGAAUGCGCGCACUUGACCGAAACCGCAGCAUGCGCAGCCGCGCCGAUACCGUCUCCGUGUCAACCUUCAGCGAUGAAUUCCGCCAAUCCAUCCAAGAGCGGCCCCCGUCGACUGCGAUAUCGGCCUCGGAAUACGGUGACGACAAUAACGUGAACCGCUUCUCUCAAUAUCAGAACCAAGCCGGUCUAUUUCCCCUUGCUGAGGGUAGCACAUAUGACCAGAGCCAGCUGAGUCUUGCACAAGACUACCGCGGUGCUAUCUCCCCGCUACCGCGGUUCUGGAGCGACAAUAGUAUGGGCAGUGCUCGGCAGUUGGAGGGUCAGGGCAACCAUAACCCUCAGGCUCAGAAAGUGAAUGAUGAAAACGCUAUGCCGCAUAGCUCGUCUAUGGUCUCAGACCUGGAAGAGCAUCUGUCGCGCAAGGUCAGCCCUAGUAAGAGCGCCAAUCAUCAGUGGUGGUUGUCUUCACCACUCGAGUCCCCGCGGCCGUUGAAGAAUGCCGAUAAUCGGGGUCUUCCUAUAGCCAGUAGUGGAGAGCUGGCAUUUGUUUGA